AAAUUCUUAUUAUAAUACAUAUUUUUUAUUUCAAUUCAGUUUUUAAAUAUAUUUUAAGGAAAAAAUAACGCUUUUUCCAACUAAAACAAUUUCUUAAAACUGAGACAUACAAUUUAAAACGUUUGAUUAAGCGAGAACUAAAUUUGAAUAAGUUAAAAAUUCUCAAAACCCAGGAAAAACAUCUUAACGUUUAGCAAAUAUUUAUAAUCAAAAUCGCUUAAAAUACUUUUAGAAGGACAAAAUUUUUGUUUAAUUUAAAAAUUCAGUUUAAUAAAUUAAAAAUAUAUUUUUAAAAAAUUCACAAUAAUGCAACGACUGCGUGAUAAUGUUUUCAAUAAUGAACCAAAUCUUGAACAUGAUGAAGGUGUUGUUAUGCCUGCAAUAGAUAGUGAUAUGUUGGAUCACAUAGAAGAGGAUAUUGAGGCACAUUCUAUUAUAGCCCCCAAGAAAUUGAAAACCUCGAUAAGUGAACAGGCUUUAAAGACCUUAAAUGAUUUUCGUUGUAAUAAUUUACUAUGUGACGCCAUUAUAUCUGUACCGGAUGCCUGUUUUAAUGUACAUCGUGCCAUAAUGAGCUCGUGUAGUUCUUAUUUUAGGGCACAAUUUACUGGAUUUAAUUCGCCAGAAAUAAAGAAUCUAGCAGAGGAAACUAGACAUGUUCAUAUACCUGGAAUGAGUGGUAGUAUUAUGGAGCAAAUCAUUCAAUAUGCAUAUUUACGCAAAUGUACAAUAAAUGCCGAUAAUGUACAUGAGCUCUUGAUAUCAGCCGAUUAUGUUGGUAUCAUUGGUUUGGUAACGUUGUGCAAACAAUAUUUAGCACAAAUGCUAACACCAGAGAAUUGUGUCAGUAUAAUGGGUUUUGCCAGAUUUCGCUUUUUGGAUGAUUUAUAUGCCAAGGCCAGAAACUAUUUAUUACGUUAUUUCAUUGAAGUGGCUGCUAAAAAUAAAGACAUUUAUGAAAUGAACUUAAAUGAUUUCUAUGAUAUUAUAAGCGAUGACGACUUAAAUACUCGUGAAGAAGACCAUGUUUGGAAAUUGUGCAUUAAGUGGAUAGACCAUGAUCCAGAUAAUCGUAAGCAGCAUGUGGCGCAAUUAAUGCAGGGCGUGCGUUUAGGUUUAAUGACCCCUAAAUGUUUUAUGGAGGAAGUCAAGGAGCACCCUUAUGUUUUACAAAGUGAAGAAGCUAAACCGCUUAUUGUGGAAACCUUUAAGUUUAUGUAUGAUUUGGAUAUAAUAAAUCCCUCAUCGGGAGAGCUUACAACACCUCCUCUGGCUAUGCCACGUUUACCCCAUGAGGUUAUAUUUGCCAUAGGGGGUUGGAGUGGUGGUACCUCUAAGGGUUGCAUAGAAACCUAUGAUACCCGAGCAGAUCGUUGGGUUAAUAUACCAGCUGAUGAUCCGGCCGGACCCAGAGCUUAUCAUGGCACUGCCGUUAUAGGCUAUAAAAUCUAUUCUAUUGGCGGUUACGAUGGUGUUGAAUACUUCAAUACAUGUCGUGUAUUUGAUGCUGUCAAGAAAACUUGGAAGGAGGUGGCCCCCAUGCACUCUCGUCGCUGUUAUGUUAGUGUGGCAGAACUUAACGGUUUAAUUUAUGCCAUUGGUGGCUACGAUGGUCAUAAUCGUCUUAAUACUGUGGAACGUUAUAAUCCCAAGACAAAUCAAUGGACUGUUAUAACACCUAUGAAUAUGCAACGUUCUGACGCAAGCGCUUGCACACUCAAGGGAAAAAUUUAUGCAACGGGAGGUUUUAAUGGUCAGGAAUGUCUUGAUAGUGCCGAAUCCUUUGAUCCAAACACUAACAUAUGGACACGUAUACCGAAUAUGAAUCAUCGACGUUCAGGGGUGUCGUGUGUAGCCUUCCGUGGACAGGUCUAUGUAAUUGGAGGUUUCAAUGGUACAGCACGACUUUCCACCGGAGAGCGUUAUGAUCCAGAAACACAAACCUGGUCGUUUAUACGUGAAAUGAAUCACUCGCGCAGUAACUUUGGUUUAGAAAUAAUCGAUGAUAUGAUAUUUGCCAUAGGAGGUUUUAAUGGUGUCUCAACCAUAUCGCAUACCGAGUGUUAUGUCGCAGAAACCGACGAAUGGAUGGAAGCAACCGAUAUGAAUGUGGUUCGUUCCGCUUUGACGGCCAACAAUGUGGCUGGUUUGCCCAAUAAAAGGGAUUAUAUACAUAAAGAACGUGAUCGGUUAAUGGAAGAAAGGCGUCAGCGUUUGUUAGCAAGUGCCAUGGUGAGAGAGAAUAUAACCACCUCUAACAUAUCUGUAGAGACUCAAGAUGCUGCAAUGGAUGAUUAUGACACACCUAACGAAGAUGAGGAUGCUGACGAUGAAGAUGAUGUUUUACGCGAUCUACCUCAAAUACAACAAGGACCGCAGGUCUUUAACGACCCCAAUAAUAAUGAAUCUAAUAGACGUUUUCGUCUACAAAUGAGAAAUCAACGUCCUGCUUCACAUCAUGAAAUAAGAAGAAGAUAAUGUAAUAAAUCCCGAUCUCGAGAAAUUACAAGAAAAAUAUAUUCUUAGAGAUAAAAAAACACGUAAGAAAGGAAAACGUGUUAAUAAGUUUAAUAAAACAAAAUUGUUAAUUUUAUUUUCAAACGAAAUUG